GCGAGCAAUCAUCACUGGCGCGAGUCACACAGAGGCGAGCGGCGACAGUAUCUUUUACAGAGGACCGGAUUCUUGUAUUAUUCACCGGCUGUGAAUGUGAGCUCGGGCCUCGUUGAUGAUGAGGCAGCGCUUGAACUGAAUAUACGCGUUCGUGUUUUCUGGUGAUGAACUGAGAAGAAAAACUGAACUCUUUUGACCAGUUACCCUGCCCAGUGCGGUACAUGUAUGCAGCUCUAUCGAGCUCCACCACAAGAACUAUUUCAGGACGCUAUCAUGGAAAAAUACACGCGACUUUCCACUGGUCUGUCGAUAUGUCAGAGGAUAGUUUGAAUGGACGUUUUCAUUUAUAUAGCUAAUGCUUUUAUGUCAUGUUUUACAUGCAGCUGUUUUAUUCUGAAUAGAAGGAAAGCGCAUAAUAGCUUCGGUUAUGUCCAGAUGACAACCCGCAUCUGGUCUGACAGUGAUGCAACAGCAUUUAUUAACGUUGCAUGCACAGAGUUUUAAUAAGCUGUUAAAGCGCUGCUGGAGCUUAAACUGUUGCACUGAGAGCUGACAUAAGAAUAGGAUCUCUUUGUCGACGAGCACUGAGAAUCUAGGAAGAGGGGGAUCGACAAUUUGGGUGUCCUGACACAAACGACAAUCCAGAUACAACAAUGGCAAAUGACUCCAUCCAAAGUGACCCCGGUGGGUUGUCUGUUCUAGAGCAGCUAGGCUUAGACCACAGCUCCGAUUUCUCUGACUCGAGCGUUCAGCAGAGGUUGGAUGAACAGCGAGAGCGAAUUCGUAGGGAAAUCCGGAAGGAGCUGAAGAUUAAAGAGGGGGCAGAGAAUCUCCGCAGAGCCACUACAGAUAAACGAAAUGCUCAGCAAGUGGAGAGUCAGUUGCGGACCUCCAAUCGACGUCUGGACUCGCUGCACGCUCAGCUUCAAGAGCUGGACGCUCAUAUCGUCGUCAAAGGGACAGAUGAUUCACGUGAUGAUGCUCCUCAGUCUCCAGGAGCAGAGAGCAGGUCGUCGGCGCAUAAGGAGAGAAUCGCUGCACUGGAAAGGCAGUUAAACAUUGAACUUAAAGUCAAACAGGGGGCGGAAAAUAUGAUCCCCAUCUACGCCAACGGCUCCACCAAGGAUAAGAAGAUGUUGCAGACAGCUCAGCAGAUGCUACAGGACAGCAAGACAAAGAUCGACAUCAUCCGCAUGCAGAUCCGGAAAGCAGUGCAGGCCUACGAACACAACGAUGAUACACAGGGAAAGCCUGACCCGUGUGGUAUGGAGCUACGGAUUGAGGAGCUCAGACACCAUUACCGCGUUGAGCACGCCGUCGCUGAGGGAGCAAAAAAUGUCCUUAGACUUCUUGGAGCCAGUAAAGUACAGGACAAGAAGGCCAUGUCAGAGGCUCAGUGUCGUCUAAGCGAGUCUUCUCAGAGGUUGGAUCUCCUGCGAGAUUCAUUAGAUCAGCGGUUAGCAGAACUUCCUGAGGAUCAUCCCAAAGCAUCUGUUAUUAAAGAGGAGCUGGUGUUAGCCUCCUCACCAGCGUUCAGCUCUCGACACGGCGCCCCCUACCUGCACAACCAGUACAGCACCCUCUCCAAACCCUCUCCCCUCACUGGCACUCUUCAGGUCAUAUUGCUGGGCUGUAUGGGUGUGCUAGAGGUGGUUCCCGGACGUUCCCGCGGCAGCCAGGUAGUGUUGCCCUGUUACAGCCCUGGAGAAGGGCGGUCCUUUAUGCGGAGUGGAAAAGGCCUGUACAGUCGCAGUGGCAGCGUUAGCGGAAAAACACCCCCCAAAACAGACGAUCUCUCCUCGGAGGUGAGCGCAGUGCUGAAGCUGGAUAACACAGUCGUGGGACAGACGGCAUGGAAGACGGUUGGAGAACAGGGCUGGGAUCAGACCUUUACCAUAGAGCUGGAGAGAUCCAGAGAGAUGGAGAUUGCUGUGUACUGGAGAGACUACCGAUCUCUGUGUGCGCUGAAAUUUCUCAAGUUGGAGGAUUUCCUGGACAACCAGAAACACAGAGUACAGCUAGAGCUAGAACCACAGGGACUGCUGUUGGCAGAGGUUACCUUCUUUAACCCCGUGAUCGAGAGGGUUCCACGGCUAAAACGGCAGAAGAAAGUUUUCUCUAAGCAACAGGGUAAAGCGUUCUCGCGAGCUCGGCAGAUGAAUGUUGAUAUCGGCACUUGGGUGAGGUUACUGAGGAACGCCAUACCAACCGUCAACAACACAGGAACCUACAGCCCUCACGCACACUCAGUACAGACAGGGGAGAUAUCAGUGGAGAAGUUGAGUUUAGACUACGACUCACCGAUGAAGGUGGACAUCCGGCGAGAUGUGAUAGAUACAGGCACUCCAGAACGACCACCGGCCACUGAGCCCGUCCCUGCUCCUGACCUCACCACACCUGAACGCCAAAUCAGAACACAUUCAUUGAGCAGUAAACAGAAGAAGACUCCUUUGAGCCUGCAGGAUUUCCGACUAAUAGCUGUUCUUGGCAGAGGCCAUUUUGGAAAGGUGCUGUUGGCAGAAUACAAGAAGUCAGGCAGUAUGUACGCCAUUAAAGCCCUGAAGAAAGGAGAUAUUGUGGCCAGAGAUGAAGUAGAAAGUUUGAUGUGUGAGAAGCGCAUUUUCGAGACGGUGAACAGCGCGCAGCACCCCUUCCUCGUGAACCUGUUUGCGUGUUUCCAGACUUCAGAACAUGUGUGUUUUGUCAUGGAGUACACAGCAGGCGGCGACCUCAUGAUGCACAUACACGCAGAUGUCUUCACCGAGCCACGGGCUGUGUUCUAUGCUGCUUGUGUAGUUUUAGGGCUUCAAUUUUUACAUGACAACAAGAUUGUGUAUCGAGAUCUUAAAUUGGACAACUUGCUGCUUGACACAGAUGGUUACGUGAAGAUCGCUGACUUUGGAUUGUGUAAAGAAGGUAUGGGUUUUGGUGACCGGACCAGUACGUUCUGUGGGACUCCGGAGUUUUUGGCUCCUGAGGUUCUAACAGACACGUCAUACACGCGGGCCGUGGACUGGUGGGGACUCGGAGUGCUUAUAUACGAGAUGUUGGUGGGAGAGUCCCCAUUUCCAGGUGAUGAUGAAGAGGAGGUUUUUGACAGCAUAGUGAAUGAUGAAGUUCGUUAUCCACGGUUCCUUUCCUCAGAGGCCAUUGGCAUCAUGAGGAGGUUACUAAGAAGAAAUCCAGAAAGACGACUUGGUUCCAGUGAGAAAGAUGCAGAGGAUGUAAAGAAACAGCCUUUCUUCAGGAAUAUGGACUGGGACGCUCUCCUCCUCCGUAAACUCCCUCCUCCCUUCCUUCCGACUAUCGGAAACAAAGAAGACGUCAGCAACUUUGACGAGGAAUUCACAACGGAAGUGCCGACUCUCACGCCGCCUCGUGAACCCCGGGUGCUAUCGCGCAAGGAUCAGGACAGCUUCCGUGACUUUGACUAUGUCUCUGACCUCUGCUGAGAGCGUCUUCACUGUGAUAGUGCCGUAGAGAGACACUUCAUCUCCGUGACUCAGCAACAACGAGGACAAGAGUGGCCAAUUUUGAGUGUUCUGCGUGAAUUGUGAAUGUGCUGGACCUUUGAACACUGUGAUGGAAGAAAGACAACGCCGGAAAACAGUUAGAAUCGGAUUAAAGACAAAAAGCUUGUUUCUUGCCAGCAGGUGUAGCGGUGCAUUUGAUCAUUUUUUUAAUAUUGCGCCUCAACUCUACAAGACUGAGUGGUUUGGAUGAAGCAACACACUAAAGUUUUCAGUUACAGAUGCAAUUGUAGAAAAACAUUAUUCUCAGUCAGCCACGAUUCAGUUAUUCAACUAGUGAAGGUGUCCAAUAACAGGUGUGAUAUUAAAGUCUUCAUCUCAUGUGAACGGUCAUACUUUUAAACUGUUCAGAAGUACUAUUUAUUUCAUUAGAACUAAAGUGUUUUUAAAAAAGAAAAAAAAUGACUGAGUGCACCGUUAAACUUGUUAACAUUUUUGAUUUGUCUUCAAGUGUCAUUUCUACUUUUGGAAAAUGCAUCUUGUCUUAAUAAAGACAAUGUGACGGUAUAUUUUAAAACUUGAAGCAAAUCAAUAAAGGUUGCACAGAAGCAUCUUAGUGAAAUUUUGUAAAUGAUACAACAAAGAGCAUAUUGGGAAAUGCAUUUCUGUUCGUUCUCGCAUUUAGGGGAAAAUGAUCUUUGACGACCACUGAGGAGCUGGUAACAUCUGCAACAUCUUCCUCCAUUCAGCCUUCCAUUUUUCAUACGAUACUGUCUGAACUGCCAUUCCCAAAGGAACUUGCGUUAGAGAUGCUUUUCUGCAGACACUGUGACGUUAAAUGGAAAACGAGAGUUACGCCGAAACCAGGCUUAUUUAAUUGGCUAAUUUAGGCUUGAACUUUAAUGAAUGUGUACAUGCUCUUGGAGUUCUCAGUGGUUAAGGACGUAAAACCUCUUUAGACUUGUUCUCACCAAAAUACAUCUUCAAGCGCUUCAUCUCUUACAUGUUAGAUGUGAAAGUCAAGCAUAUUGAAAUAUAGUACAUCAGUCCUGUUUGAAGACAGCUUGGUCUCCAUUCAUUAAGUGCACUUUUUUUAGUAUGGUUACCUUUAUGAAUUUUUACAAAAACAAACAAACCUCUUAUAUAAAACUGGUUUGAACAAAAUGCCUUAAAAUAUUGCUUCUGUCUGCUCUGGUUUUUGUUCUUCCUGUUUAUUUGAGCAAAUAGCUAAUAGCUGGAAACUUACAUCUUGAUUGGAUAAUCAUUAAAAAGGCAGAAUGUGUUUCACAUUUUGAAUUUGACAGCAAGCAGAUGUGUAAUUUAGUCUGUCAUCAUCACUCAUUACUUUUAAGUACAUUUUGAGGCUUUGUUUUUCUAAAGCACAGUGGCAAAUGUGAGAAUCGUGUUGUCUGACAAAUUCAUUCACGUCGUUUAUUUUAUCCACUUUAUUAUUCCCGUAAGAAUCCGUAAUUUUAUGGGUCUGGCUUCCGGUCUCAUUCACAUCCAGCUAUUUUUAGCUGUACAGAACAGCUGGCUUGCUGUUUGAUAUUGCAAAUAGGUGUUUCUUACCAUAUUAUUUUAAUGUAUUAUCUUAAUUAUGAACACAAUCGUUUGUAGCAGACAGCUUUACAGUUUACUGCACCUUGUUAUUCUUCUUGUUUCCCUAUAGCGGCUAAUGAACCGGAAGUCUCGCCCAUAGGCCUGCUUACUUCCGCGUUAAAUAAAGUAAAACUGAGUACUUCAAGACAGUGUCUGACAAAACGACAGAUAAUUUUAAUUCAGACCUAAAGGUCUUUGAGAACUCAAAUAUUCGACGAAAAUGUGAUUGUACUUGAGUAUAAGAGUAAGAAUGUGUUUUUGAUUAUUUUCAAGUCCAAUCAUUGACAGUCUCUGCAAACAUUUAUUUUUAACGUUAGACGAUUUGAUAAAGCUGAGCAAAAGGUAUAAAAAGACGUUUAAAGACUUCAUGGCCUCAAAUAGCACACACUUUGUCUCUGUAUACAUGUUUUCAAAUAGAUAUCUGUUAUCAGAAAAGACAUCUGUUAUAAAGAAAACAAUCUCUGUUGUUUAUUUUAGUCAUGUUACAAAUGAAUGGUGACUAGUGACUGUUAUGUGUUCGUUCUGGUUUCACACCCUUUAUUACCUCAGAGCUGUUUUGAUGCCUUUGAAACAUUUUGUGCAGUUUUUAUUAGACAGUUUGUGCGAACAGCACAACAUGACAUAUCUGUUACUUGCAGGGAGCAGACGAAUAAAUAGUUUUUAAAGCAUUUGAUCACACACCCCUGGUGAAAAAACCAGCAUAUGCUGGUAGAUAUGUUUUGAUGCUGGAAUGCUGGUUAGGCAGGUUUUGAUGCUGGUGUAAGCUGGUCCGAUGCUGGUUUAUGCUGGUCCUUAGCUGGUUUUUGCUGGUCAUGUACCAGCAUGAACCAGCAAAGGACCAGCUUAAACCAGCAUCAAAACCUACCUAACCAGCAUAUGCUGGUUUUUUCACCAGGGACGGAAUUGGCUGAAGCUGGAAAAAAAAAAAAAAAACCCACA